AGACCCUAUAAAUUGCCAUUGGAAAUAUUUGUCUAGUCUAAUAUUUGUAUAUUUAGGUGAUUUCAACCUCUUUAAGCCGCCUUAGUACAGCCUAUUUUCACAAAUAGUAGCACUGAAGAUUUAUUAAACUACGAAGUAUUCACUUUCUGUUUUCACUACGAUUUUCAUUCGGCAAUACUUAAUCCGCAUAUUCCUACGAAGUUUGCCAAUUUAACCAAGCACCUUCAUUCUAAUUGUGGAGACUACUUCAGUUGCUAGUCUUAUCUAAGGAACGACUAUAGACUACUGUGAAAUUUCUAUAUAUUCAACCCAGGGCAAACCCACUAGACCAAACACGCAUAAUGAAGUCAUGUCGUACAUAGUAAAGAAAAUAUUCAUUCCCAAAUCGUACCGUAAGGUGCUCGUCACCAUAUUCCUGGCCCUUACUAUGGUAUUGAUAUAUAGCUACCUAAGAGCAUCGACCGCGGUGUAUCCAGAUGUCAAGCUAUUACAGAACAAUUUCGACCAGCCACAUACCAAACUAGGAACGGUGAUCACCGAUAUCAAGAUCAUCAAAUGCUACUACCGGAAUUGCAAAGCGCCCGUGGGCUAUUCCAAGAUCCAGCCUCCCAUGAAUUACUACGAAACAACUGUAGACUCUUCUGCUACCACCAAAUUGACAUCUCCCUUGUAUUAUAUCGUCAUUAAGGAGCAGCCCGUAGACACUGCCACCAACAUCCUUUUAGAUCUCACGUUUGACAAGCCUAAGGAUGACGCUGGGUUCGAACUCAUCAAAAGCGACAACUACCAGUUGUACAAGAAGUUUUUCAGCACGAACAUCAAGAACCCCAUUCCAAGUGAUUUGCCUUUGGUGCAUUCACUUGAUUUGCUCUUUGGUUCAAACGACCUCAUCGACUCGCGUGUGAACCAUUUCUCUGUUCACUCCUCAAUGACGGAAGAAAAGAUUCAUCCCAUCAUCUCGAUGUUCAAAUUGCCUCAAUCGAAACAAGACAUCUGGACGCAAGAUACUUCGCAAUUUGUGAUGAUGCAAGAGACAAGCAUUCUUCGUAUUGAUGAAUCCGUGACCAAGUUCAAAGUGAUUCAGAUGAGUGACUUGCACUUUGGACAAAGUCUUGGUAGAAAAUGCGGUAAGGAUCAGGAGUUGUGUACUUCAGACUUGAAAACCUUGAAAUUCAUGGAGGACAGUAUACACAAAGAGAACCCAGAUUUGGUGGUAAUCACAGGUGACUUGAUAGACGUAGACCGUAGUGUCGACUAUAAGUCGAUAAUUCUCAAGUCGUUACAGCCUAUACUACAGACAAAUACCAAGUUCAUAUUCACUUUUGGUGAUGAGUUUGACGGCCAGGAAAACCUCAGAGAGAUCAAAUUGUCCUUGAUUAAGUUUUUGCAAACGUUGCCCAAUUGCUACAACACUAUAGAAGGAAUUGACGAUAGUUUGCAUGGAGUUACUAACUACAACUUGAAAGUGAUAAGAGGCGAAAAGGAAGUAGCUCAUGUUACUGUUUUUGACUCCGAAGAUAAAUAUCUUGAUGAAACACAGACCAAUUUCUUGUACCGUAUCCAUGCCGAGGACCCUGAGAAAUUGUUUAAGUUGUUAUUCUUCCAUUUUCCCAUUCCUCAGUUCCGUCCCACUGGAAAGUUCAAGAUAAUUGGAAGUUACAAUGAGAAGCAUCCUCUCAAUUCCAAGACGAAGCCGCAGGUGCUUGAUGAUAUCCGCAACUGCGGUUAUCAAGUAGUCAGUGUAGGACACGAACAUGAGAAUGAUGCCUGUCUCCUAAACGAAAAAUCUAGUGCUUCAGGAGAACAGUCUAUCUGGCUCUGCUACAGUAGCGUUGCUGGAGAUUCUGGAGUCACUGCUCUUGAUGCCAACUACGAUCGUAAGCUCAGAGUGUAUGAAAUCGACUUUGAGAAGAGUAUAUUGUUGAGUUGGAAGAGAAGUGAAAUGAAAAAGAAGGGAUUUGACUACCAGCUGGUCUACAAGUUCCCAUCCUUACCUGAGGCACCAAAGGAACCCAAACCAUAGACAUAAGUCGUUGAAUCAUAUAGGCAUAUGCAAUCUAAUUAUUAUUU